UCUUCUUCGGCUGUUUGCUCAUGACGUCUUCCGCUUUCGACUUCAGCGUGCGUUGAGCUAACUUCAAGUUAGCAAAACAUGUAAUCAGCAUUUAAUAAAAGUAGAGUUUAAUGGAAAACACCACACAAGAAGUUUAACAUUCCCGCGGAGUGAUGUGUGUUUCAUAAGAUGUCCUUACCCGGAAGUUGUGCGUGAUAAUUCAAGUUACUCUGUAGCUGCUGUUAGCCGAAUACGCUAACUUACAGCCUGCUAGUGAAACCACAACAACACCGUUAGAGCGUUUUGGUGAGCGUAGGCACCAUGGCCAAUCUGGAGCAGUGGGUGAACGACCGUCUGCAUGACAUCCUUGGGUUGAGUGACAGAUACGUUUCUCAAUUCAUGAUCGGCACUGCACGGAGAGCAUCGAGUCACCAGGACUUUGUGAGUCGUCUUGAGCAGACUGGAACAAUUGACAUCGACCAGAGUGUGAUAUCCUUUGCUCAAGAGCUCUUUGACAAGAUCCCUCGCAAGCAGGUUGUUGAGAAAGCGGCCCGGGCGAUGGAACGUGAAGCCAUAGAAAUGGACAAAAGGAAUCGGACGUACACGUUACUGGAGGACAGCGACAGUGAUGGAGAGGAUGUGAGGGAGAAGCAGAAAGAAAAAAAGAAAAGCAAAGACAAGGACAGAGGGAACAAGAGGAAACACAUCAGACGGAAGAAAGAGAGCGAGUCUUCAAGUGAGGACGAAGCACCUAAAAGGGAGAACAAGGAUGUCAGGAAGGACGAGGAAGAAGAGGAGGAGUGGGAGAAGGAAGAGAGAGAGCGUCAGCAUGACAUCGAAGAGAGAGAUGCAUUUGCUGAACGAGUGAAGCAGAAAGACAAAGAUAAGACUCGCAACAUCGCAGAGAGGACUGACAAAAAGGCGUAUGAAGAAGCUCAGAAGAGGCUGAAGAUGGCUGAAGAUGAUCAGAAUAAUAUGUUGCCAGAGCUGAGGAAGCGUUCUCGUUGGGACUAUCUGAAGAAGAGAGAGGCGGAGAAGCUGGAGGACCUGGAGGCUGAGAUCAAUGACGACGAGUAUCUGUUCGCUACGGACGAUCUGACUGAGAGAGAGAGAAAAGAGCUAGAAUACAAACGCACCCUGCGUGACCUGGCCAAAGAUUACAAAAAGGCUGGAGCAAAGGAGCAGGAGGAGAGGAAGAACAGAUACUACAUGCCAGAGGAGAAGAGGAGCAAGGAGGUGCCACAGAGAGAGCUGGAGCUUGAGGAGACUCCCAUGGAGCUGGGAGGAGAGCAGGGACGCUGGGAGGAGGAGAGGCUGAAGACAGCUUCCCUCAGCUUCGGGGCUAAGAAGGAACGAGAGCAGGGGAUGAGGCAGGAGCAGAAUAAGUACCAGCUGAUCCUGGAGGAGGACGAGAUGAUCGACUUUGUGAGCAGCGCCAUGACCAUGAAGGGGACUCGGUCAGAAAAGGAUGAGGAGGCUCCAGCUGUGUCGCAGGCGGAGCUCAACAAACAGUCCAUGCAGGAGGUUCGACGCAGCCUGCCCAUCUUCCCCUACAGAGGGGACCUGCUGGCUGCCAUCAACGAGCACCAGAUCCUGGUCAUUGAGGGGGAGACAGGGUCCGGAAAGACCACCCAGAUCCCUCAGUACCUCCUUGAAGAUGGCUACACUCAAGGAGGCAUGAAGAUCGGAUGCACACAGCCUCGCAGAGUGGCAGCUAUGUCGGUGGCAGCCAGAGUGGCACAGGAAAUGGGCGUCAAGCUUGGGAACGAGGUGGGCUACAGCAUUCGUUUUGAGGACUGCACGUCAGAGAGAACGGUGCUCAAGUACAUGACAGACGGCAUGCUGCUGAGAGAGUUUCUCACUGAGCCUGACCUGGCCAGCUACAGUGUGGUCAUCAUAGAUGAGGCUCAUGAGCGCACGCUGCACACAGACAUCCUGUUCGGUCUCAUUAAAGACAUCGCCCGGUUCAGAUCGGACCUGAAGGUGCUGGUGGCCAGCGCCACGCUUGACACCGAGCGCUUCUCCUGCUUCUUUGACGACGCACCGGUCUUCAGGAUCCCUGGCAGGAGGUUCCCUGUCGAUAUCUUCUACACUAAAGCUCCUGAGGCGGACUACCUGGAGGCCUGUGUGGUGUCCGUACUGCAGAUCCACGUCACUCAGGCUCCCGGAGACGUUCUGGUGUUCCUCACUGGACAGGAGGAGAUUGAAGCGUGCUGUGAGAUGCUCACGGAGAGAUGCAGGCGGCUCGGCUCCAAGAUAGCAGAGCUCCUGGUGCUUCCCAUCUACGCCAACCUGCCGUCAGACAUGCAGGCCAAGAUCUUCAACCCGACUCCUCCUGGAGCCCGGAAGGUGGUGGUGGCCACCAACAUAGCAGAAACCUCACUGACCAUAGACGGCAUCAUCUAUGUCAUCGACCCGGGCUUCUGCAAACAGAAGAGUUACAACGCCCGCACCGGCAUGGAGUCGCUCAUCGUCACGCCCUGCUCAAGGGCUUCGGCCAACCAGAGAGCUGGCCGUGCAGGCAGAGUGGCUGCUGGGAAAUGUUUCAGACUUUACACGGCCUGGGCCUUUAAGCAUGAGAUGGAGGAAUCGACAGUGCCUGAGAUUCAAAGGACCAACCUGGGAAAUGUAGUCCUGCUGCUGAAGAGUCUAGGGAUCAAUGACCUCAUUCACUUUGACUUUAUGGACCCCCCUCCGCAUGAGACUCUGGUCUUAGCGUUGGAGCAGCUCUACGCUUUAGGAGCACUCAAUCACCUCGGAGAACUCACAAAGCUGGGUCGUAGGAUGGCUGAGCUCCCAGUGGACCCCAUGCUGAGCAAGAUGGUCCUGGCCUCUGAGCAGUACAAGUGUUCAGAGGAAGUUUUGACGAUAGCUGCCAUGUUGUCCGUAAACAACUCUAUUUUCUACCGGCCCAAAGACAAGGUAGUGCAUGCAGACAACGCCAGGAUGAACUUUGUUGUUCCAGGUGGAGACCACCUGGUGCUGCUCAACGUCUACACGCAGUGGAUGGAGAGCGGUUACUCUACUCAGUGGUGCUACGAGAACUUCAUCCAGUUCCGCUCCAUGAGGCGAGCCCGGGACGUGCGGGACCAGCUGGAGGGUCUGAUGGACCGUAUCGAGGUGGAGGUGGUCAGCUCUAAGGACGACAGCUUACCCAUUCGCAAGGCGGUGACGGCAGGAUAUUUCUAUCACACAGCGCGGCUGAGCAAAGGCGGCUACAAGACGGUGAAGCACCAGCAGACGGUGUACGUCCACCCCAACAGCUCUCUGUUUGAGGAGCAGCCCCGCUGGCUCAUCUACCAUGAGCUCGUCUUCACCACCAAGGAGUUCAUGAGACAGGUGAUCGAGAUAGACAGCAGCUGGCUGCUGGAAGUGGCUCCUCACUACUACAAGAGCAAAGAGCUGGAGGACAGCAGCAGCAAGAAGAUGCCCCGCAAACAAGGGAAGACAAAAGAGGAGCUGGGAUGAAGAGAGGAACAAAGAUGAGGCCCCCUGCAACACAUGGCAAAAAAACCCCAUACCAUAGCCACCUCUCUCAGGGCAGAGUGAAAACAGAACAAUGAGUGACAGGUGGGAAACUGCAUACAAAUACAGGGGAACCGUGUGGAGAGUGUAGCUGGUUGUUAUAAGCCUACUUGGUUCUCCUCAUGUGAAUUGUUGAGUCGAGAACAUUAUUAGAUUUGGAACACAUGCAGCAGAGUGAUGGAUGCAGGGAAGUGGGUCACUAACUCACUGACUGGUUUAAUGAUUAGCCUGCCGUGUCGGCCGGACCACAAUGAGGAAGCAUUUACACACUUGGAGUUGAGUUUCCUGCAUUUUUUUCUCCAGCUCAUUAGUGAACGUGAGACUUUUUUGUUUGUUCAUCUGGUGACGCUGAAUGCCCACUGGACGCUGUUGACUUUGUUUGAAUACAGGUGCUUUGUCAAAAAGGUUUCACAAAUAUGUGAAAGAAGAGCACUGAUGCAGUUUGUAAACGGAGCAUCACUGAGGAGCCUCCAUCUAUCUCAUAAAGACUCAUUCUCUAAAGAUGAGAUUCUCUCACGUGUGAGGCUCCUUAUCUUUCCUUCUGUCAUUUUUACCAGAACAAUAAAGUUUUACAGUCACUUGUU